CUCCAUUUCAUUCCACUCUUUGAUCUCAAACCCUUCAAAGAGACAUUGUUUAACCCAAAUUCAUCAACUUCCCUUUGAUCUCCUCAUCAAACUAGACAUUUGAGACGAAAUGAUUUCCCAUGGAGAAGCAGAAAACAAGAUAGUACUAAGGGAAGAGCACAUUAGAUAUUCAAACAGAGAUGAUAGCAGCGAAGAAACAGAUGAUAUUAAUCAAGGGAAGUGGCUGAACCUGAGCCUAGGUGGGAAUUUGCUAUCAACAGAAGGAGAUACUGACUCAGAGUCAAGACCACCUUCAGGCAAGGUUUUCUCCUGUAACUUCUGCAUGAGGAAGUUCUUCAGCUCCCAGGCAUUAGGGGGUCACCAGAACGCCCACAAGAGAGAAAGAGGUGCAGCCAGAAGAUAUCAGUCACAAAGAAUGAUGUCAAUGAUGGGCUUUCCCUUCAGUACUUCAACGCUUCGAUCGCUCAGCGUUCAGCCCCAUUCACUUGUGCACAAGCCAAGCAGAUAUGAAACUGCGCUUGUAGCAAAAUUUACUGAUGCCGGUACAAGGUAUAGCAUGAUGCCGUUCACACUUGAUGAUGUAAUGGAUUCAAUGUGGCCAGGCAGCUUCCGCUUGGAUCCACAAGUAUUAGGGCCGCAAUCCAAUUCAUGCAAGGUCGACUUAAACCUUCGACUCUGAUCCAUUCACCCACUUUGCCAGUUUGGAAUAUCCCAUAUAUACCUUUCUAUUGGAACUUUGGCAGAGGUCUCAAUGAUUUCAUCUAUCAAGUACAGAACUAACGUAGGGCUUAGAGGCAUGCUGUGUUGAAUCAUCUUGUGUUUUGUCUGUCCCUAUGAAAGACACUAAAAAGUUCCAACUGUUUUUAUGCAUGUAAUAAGAUCAUAUACAUUAUAUUUCAUAGCUAAAGUUUAUGAGAA